AAACAAAAUCACAUAAAAUGAAUUCAAAUUAAAAUACAAAUUAAUGGAAAAACCAAAAACGAAACUAAUACAGUCAAGUAAUUAAAAAUCUUGUAACAAGCAAAUAUCAGCCAGCGAUACGUAAAUAAAACAGAUAAAAAUAAUAACACCAACAAUAACUAGUAGAGAGACAAAGAGAGAGAGAGAGAGACAGAGAAAGAGAGAGACAGAGAGAGAGAGAGAGAGAGAGAGAGAUCAUCUUUAACCCUCCCCAUCGCCAUCGUCGUCGCCAUCGUAGCAGCAAACCCAGCAAACCUCAUCGUUCCAAUCCAGAGUGCAGCUCGCAUUUAUCGGCUUCUUAACUCUCAAAUAAAUGUUUCACUGCCGCUUUCGUGCCAUGCGGACGGCGUGUCACUCUCGACAAAUGCGUAUUGUGGUUCACCUUGUGUAAUAUAAUUAUGGCCGAGCGGUCGUUACAAAAGUAUCAGAAAUUGGAUAUAGUGACGGUUGGAAGCGGCUCAGGAAGCAGUGCUAGCAGGGCAUCAACAGGACUCCUUAGGCGGGGGGCACUUGGGUCGAAAGGGAGCCCAUCGCUUAGCUGAUAGAAUGGGUGGCCCGAAAAAAGAGGAAAACCCACCUGGUGGUGGUCCCACGUCGUUGUUUAUCCUAACCGAGGAUAACCCAAUUAGAAAGUACACACGAUUCAUCAUAGAAUGGCCGCCCUUUGAAUACGCUGUGUUAUUGACAAUCAUAGCCAACUGUGUUGUGUUGGCAUUAGAGGAACACUUGCCAGAGGGCGACAAGACAGUAUUGGCUCAAAAAUUGGAAAAAACGGAGGCCUAUUUUUUAUGCAUUUUCUGUGUAGAAGCAUCGCUCAAGAUCCUCGCCUUAGGGCUUGUUCUGCAUAAACACUCCUAUCUCAGGAAUAUUUGGAACAUCAUGGAUUUUUUCGUUGUAGUGACGGGAUUCAUCACAAUGUUCCCACAAAAAGGGCCCGAAGUAGACCUAAGAACACUUAGAGCCAUUCGUGUGCUACGGCCCCUAAAAUUAGUCUCUGGAAUUCCUAGCUUACAAGUAGUUUUAAAAUCUAUAAUCAAGGCGAUGGCACCUUUACUGCAAAUCGGUCUCUUGGUGUUGUUUGCGAUCGUAAUAUUUGCAAUCAUUGGACUCGAGUUUUAUUCGGGCGCACUGCAUAAGACUUGUUAUAGCUUAGAAGAUCCAAACAAACCAGUGAAGGAAGGUGAAUCGGAGACGCCCUGCAAUACGGAUAAUCUCACAGAAAAGGCAGGAGGCUCCUUUGUGUGUAACUACACGACGAGCAUGUGCCUGGAAAAAUGGGACGGACCAAAUUCCGGCAUAACAAGCUUCGAUAAUAUUGGGUUUGCCAUGUUGACUGUAUUCCAAUGCAUUACCAUGGAAGGCUGGACGGCAAUACUGUAUUGGACCAAUGACGCAUUAGGUUCAACAUUCAAUUGGAUAUAUUUCGUGCCUCUUAUAGUUAUAGGCUCAUUUUUUAUGCUCAACUUAGUUCUUGGUGUUUUGAGCGGAGAGUUUUCAAAUGAACGUAACCGCGUCGAGCGUCGCAUGGAAUUUCAGAAAUGCCGCUUUCGUGCCAUGUUUCAGACUGCAAUGGUCUCCUACCUUGAUUGGAUCACACAAGCAGAGGAAGUGAUAUUAGCCGAGGAGCGUACAACAGAAGAAGAGAAAAUGCACAUAAUGGAAGCGCGUCGUCGUAAUGCCGCUAAACGGAAAAAGCUGAAAAGCUUAGGAAAAUCCAAAUCGACCGACACAGAGGAGGAGGAAGCCGAAGAGGACUAUGGGGAUGACGGCUAUCUGAAAACCCGCUCGAAACCCCAAGGCAGUUGCACUGGAUUCUGGCGUGCCGAAAAAAGAUUUCGGUUUUGGAUUCGUCACACGGUGAAAACGCAAUGGUUCUAUUGGUUUGUGAUAGUACUUGUGUUUCUCAACACUGUUUGCGUCGCCGUCGAGCACUACGGCCAGCCAAAAUUUCUGACAGAGUUCUUAUACUAUGCCGAAUUCAUAUUCCUCGGCUUGUUCAUGUCGGAAAUGUUUAUCAAGAUGUAUGCGUUGGGUCCUCGCAUUUACUUCGAGUCGUCGUUCAAUCGUUUCGAUUGUGUCGUCAUUAGUGGUUCGAUAUUCGAGGUGAUUUGGUCCGAGGUGAAGGGCGGCUCUUUCGGUUUGUCUGUGCUGCGUGCCCUGCGUCUAUUGCGUAUUUUCAAAGUCACCAAGUACUGGUCAUCGCUGCGCAAUCUAGUCAUUUCUCUAUUGAACUCAAUGAGAUCAAUUAUAUCACUGUUGUUCCUGCUCUUCUUGUUCAUACUUAUAUUUGCCCUACUCGGCAUGCAAUUGUUUGGCGGGCAGUUUAAUCUUCCAGGAGGCACGCCCGAAACAAACUUCAACACAUUCCCCAUAGCCCUAUUGACCGUAUUUCAAAUUCUCACCGGCGAGGAUUGGAACGAAGUCAUGUAUCAGGGCAUUAUAUCGCAAGGCGGCGCAAAGAAAGGAAUGAUUUACUCUAUAUACUUUAUCGUUUUGGUACUCUUCGGUAAUUAUACGCUUCUUAAUGUGUUCUUGGCUAUCGCUGUCGAUAAUUUGGCGAAUGCACAAGAACUAACAGCAGCCGAAGAGGAACAAGUCGAAGAAGAUAAAGAGAAACAACUUCAAGAGCUAGAAAAGGAAAUGGAAGCCUUGCAAGGUGAUGGUGUCCAUCUAGAGAAUGGAGAUGGCGCCGCUGCCGCAACAAAGGGGAAAAGUAAAAAGAAAGAUGAGGAGAAAAAGGAGGAGGAGGAAGUUACGGAAGGGCCAAAGCCAAUGUUGCCAUAUUCAUCGAUGUUUAUACUUUCACCAACAAAUCCCAUACGACGCGGUGCCCAUUGGGUUGUAAAUUUACCAUAUUUUGAUUUCUUCAUAAUGGUCGUCAUCUCAAUGUCAUCAAUAGCAUUAGCAGCGGAAGAUCCCGUUCGUGAGAACUCGAGACGAAACGAAAUCUUGAAUUACUUUGAUUAUGCAUUUACCGGCGUAUUCACGAUAGAAAUGUUGCUGAAAAUUGUAGACUUGGGUGUGAUACUACACCCUGGCAGCUAUUUAAGAGAAUUCUGGAAUAUUAUGGAUGCUGUGGUCGUUAUUUGCGCUGCUGUUAGUUUCGGUUUCGAUAUGAGCGGUAGCAGCGCUGGACAAAAUUUGUCAACAAUUAAAUCGCUUCGCGUGUUGCGAGUCCUCCGACCAUUGAAGACCAUUAAGCGAGUUCCAAAAUUGAAAGCCGUCUUCGAUUGCGUCGUCAACUCAUUGAAAAAUGUUGUUAACAUUCUAAUCGUGUACAUAUUGUUUCAAUUUAUAUUUUCUGUUAUUGGUGUACAAUUGUUCAAUGGGAAAUUUUUUUAUUGUACGGACGAAAGUAAACAUACUUCCGAAGAGUGCCAGGGUUCGUACUUCAAGUACGAAGACGACGAAAUACUGCCCAGACAGGAGAUGCGUAUCUGGAAGCCACGUAGUUUCCAUUACGACAACGUGGCCGUCGCAAUGCUGACGCUGUUCGCUGUCCAAACCGGCGAGGGAUGGCCACAGGUCUUACAACACUCAAUGGCUGCCACUUAUGAAGAUAGGGGUCCAAUCCAAAAUUUCCGGAUCGAAAUGUCCAUAUUUUAUAUUGUAUAUUUUAUUGUAUUUCCAUUCUUCUUCGUCAACAUAUUCGUCGCCUUGAUUAUUAUAACAUUUCAAGAGCAAGGCGAAGCUGAAUUGCAAGAUGGUGAAAUUGAUAAGAAUCAGAAAUCGUGCAUCGACUUUACAAUCGGAGCUCGGCCCCUUGAACGAUAUAUGCCCAAGAACCGUAACACUUUCAAGUACAAAGUGUGGCGCAUUGUUGUGUCUACGCCCUUUGAAUACUUUAUAAUGAUGCUGAUCGUAUUCAAUACACUUUUACUGAUGAUGAAGUAUCAUAAUCAAAGUGAGAUGUAUGAGAAAUCACUGAAAUAUAUCAACAUGGGAUUCACAGGCAUGUUCAGUGUUGAAACUGUGCUCAAGAUAAUUGGAUUUGGUGUCAAGAACUUCUUCAAAGACCCUUGGAAUAUUUUCGAUCUCAUCACGGUAUUGGGUAGCAUUGUAGAUGCUCUCUGGAUGGAAUUCGGGCACGAUGAUUCGAACUCAAUCAACGUCGGCUUCCUGCGCUUGUUUCGUGCUGCGCGUCUUAUAAAAUUACUCCGUCAAGGAUACACUAUACGCAUACUUCUGUGGACAUUUGUACAAUCAUUUAAAGCACUUCCAUAUGUCUGUUUGCUUAUAGCUAUGCUAUUUUUUAUAUACGCCAUAAUUGGCAUGCAGGUGUUUGGAAAUAUCAAACUAGGUACACAGGAAAAUACCAUAACUAGGCACAACAACUUCCAAUCAUUUGAACAAGGCGUCAUGUUGCUAUUCAGAUGUGCAACGGGCGAGGCGUGGCCGAACAUUAUGCAGGCGUGCCUCAAGGGGAAACCAUGUGAUGAAGAUGCCCAGAAGGGCCACGAAACGUGCGGUUCAACGUUGGCUUACGCCUAUUUCGUAUCGUUUAUAUUCUUUUGUUCAUUUCUCAUGUUAAAUCUGUUCGUGGCCGUCAUCAUGGAUAAUUUCGAUUAUUUGACGAGGGACUCCAGUAUAUUGGGUGCUCAUCACUUAGACGAAUUCGUGCGCAUAUGGGCGGAAUAUGAUCCAAAUGCGACUGGUAGAAUUCAUUACACGGAAAUGUAUGAUAUGCUGAAAAACAUGGAUCCUCCGCUGGGGUUCGGUAACAAGUGUCCCAAUCGUCUCGCCUACAAGAAACUAAUUCGCAUGAAUAUGCCAUUGGACGAUGAAUUGAGAGUCCAAUUCACCACAACGUUGUUCGCUUUAAUUCGGGAGAAUUUAAGCAUUAAAAUGAGAGCGCCUGAAGAGAUGGAUCAGGCGGAUAUGGAGCUCAGGGAAACCAUCACAAACAUUUGGCCUCUGCAGGCGAAGAAGAUGUUGAACUUGCUUGUACCGCCAAUUGAUCAGUUGAACAAGGGAAAGCUGUCUGUUGGUAAAAUCUAUGCAGGUUUUCUUAUUUUGGAGUCCUGGCGGAAUACCAGAUUUGGCCAGAUUGAUUCUGGCAUGCCGAGGAAGAAACCCGAAGAUGACGAUGACCCCACUAAGUAUAGUCCGACGGCAGAUGAGGAGCCGAAACAAUCAUUCUUUAAUUGCCUGCUUGAUAUGGCCGCCCUUGACAAAGGAGGAUCGCGACAGGGCUCCAUAAGUUUCGAGCCGAAUGGGGAAGGAGCUGCCAACUCACAAACACAUUUGUUAGCGAGCAUGCAUCACGCAAACGGUGAUGCCGAACACAACAGUUUGGCAACACUAGCACGUCGGAGUACGAUCAGAAAGCGAUCAGUUAGAAACAAAAAGAUGCUGGAACUACAGGAUGCGUCGAGACAUCCAUCACAGGAAUCGUUGACUGGUGCCGAUGCUGGCCAUUUACAUCCUGGACAUUCGUACAUGAAUGGCCAUCGGCAUUCGCCUAGUUUGAGGCACAACGGUUCUCCUCUGGCCAGAUCUCCAAGUCCACGACGGCGCGGCCAUCAAUACAUACAUCAUGAUAUCGGAUUCUCCGAUACCGUAUCUAAUGUUGUAGAGAUGGUUAAGGAGACCCGUCAUCCUAGGCAUGGCAACAGCCAUCCGCGGUAUCCAAGAGGUUCAUGGUCAGCAUCGACAAGUCCGGCCCGUUCGCCUUCGCCUUCUCGUUAUGGUGGUCAUUUGUCUCGCAGUAAACGCACUCAACUGCCUUAUCCCACAUAUGGGACAACAAGUCUAUGUCAAAGAUCACGAUCGCCGAGUCCCGCUCGACUUCAGGAGAUGCGUGAACGAGAUAGACUUGGUUAUGGGAUUGAUAUGGGUGGCGCCCAUAUGCAGCAUAGCUACCCAACGUUAGCCUCUCGUCGUGCUGGAAUUGGACGACUACUUCCACCGACUCCGAGCAAACCGUCGACACUGCAGCUCAAGCCAACCAAUAUUAAUUUUCCUAAGUUAAAUGCGAGUCCAACACAUACACAUCAUUCGACACCCCACAGUGUUCACUCGCUGCCACACCACCGCGAUUUAUUGCGGGACCCUAGGGACAUGUAUUAUAGCACUAGAGAGCGCGAUAGGGAUCGCGUGAUUAGAGAUCGAUUGCAUGAAUACGAUUUACGGUACGAAUACCGGGAUCGGGAGCGAGAGUUGUACGAAAGAGAGCGUGAUCGCGAGAGAGAGGUGGAAAGAGAAAGACUGGAAUAUAUAGCACCACUGUCAUUCGAGCAAGCGCUUGCCAUGGGCCGAACAGGUCGUGUACUGCCAUCUCCAGUUCUUAAUGGUUUUAAGCCAAAGAGCGGACUUAAUACUCGACACUCCGAUUCGGAUGAGGAGGAUUGGUGCUAGCAAAGGCUUUGAUUGCGAUCGCGUAAUCGAAAGGAACAGAUUUGGGUAUAGCAUCAGGCCAUAUGCUCAUCGUUAUCAGCACCUAACUUAGAUCACAAUUUUGAUACGAUACGACACCAAUACCAACCAAACCGCAAUAUAACUGCAUUAGCAACAGCAUCUGCAUCAGCAUCUGCAUCUGCAUUAGCGACAGCACUAGCAUCUGAUAUCAAAUUGGCUCGAGGAGGCUUACAGGAAUCAACCCUUAUUCGACAACCGCAAUCGCAACCAGUAUCGCGACAAUUCGUCACAUACCCAUAUAGUGGGGCUUCACAGACACAGAUGGCAAUAUCAUUGCCAGCAACCAGAACAACAUCACCCCAAUUAGAAAUACCAAGAACAAAAGCAAAAGCAAAAACAAAAACAACAGCAACAGCAACACCAACAAAAGAACAAGCAAUGAUAUUAUGUGUACCAAUUACAAUAACGACACCGGUAGCUAUUCAUAGGAUCUAUUCAGAUUAUGGAAUUAAUUAUAAUACUGCUAACACAGAUAAUGAUAGGCUAGCGUUAUCGACAGAUUCAAGGGCGCAUGUGCAACGUUAUCGCUAUCGCAAACAUAAUCAAUAUAAUCGAACACCAGAUGAGGAGGAUGAGGAAACACAUUUACCAGUAUGUCAAGUAGAUAAUGAUAAUGAUGAUGAUAAUUACGAUAAGCAACAGCUGUAUCACACGUUAUAAGACAGCGAAAGAUAGAGGGAGAGAGCGAAAGGGAAAUGCCAGCUAAAGUUGAAACUGUAAAGAUUCGACAGCGAGAGAUAGAGAGAGAUAGAGAGAGGGAGAGGGAGAGGGAGAAAGAGAUAGCAAGUUAUAGUGAGUUAGGAUGGGAGGGAGAGAGAUGUUAAGAAGGAAAGAGGGAAGAGCGCAGAAUGAUAACGGAAAACGUAAGCAGUACGAGAGACGUGAACAUGAAAUGAAAAUAUGAUAUGUAUAGUAUGUAUUUCUAUUGUAUGAAACAUGCCUAAGCUCUUUCGAACAUAACUAGGUUUUAGGCAUACAUAUGUAGGUUACUUAGCUCAUAGCUCGAUCAAUAUGUAAUCCAUUUGCAAGCGUUUUUGUCUUGUUUGUAUUUAAUGAAAAAAAAGAGAAAAUAUGAUAGUAAUUCAAUUAUGUACAUUUACGAGUAAAUGA